GUAGUGAACCACAGCGUUGGCGAGAUCACGAACGACAGAAAGUUCACGACCAACCGCAUGGAGCUUCAAUGGUCGUUGAUCAAGCGAUGGGCCCGGAUGCGCUACGACGCCGCGGCGGCGGGACUGAUCAAGCUUCACUGGUCAUUGAUCAAAUUCCGCACCCACAUCAAGGUCAUUGAGCAGGAGGUGCCUUUCGCGGCGUUUGUGACCGCGUUCCAG